AUGCCAUCCGAGGCAGAACAGGUUGGUCCAGACGUGGAUUCCACCCUGAGUAACCUGGCUUAUGUCCCUACAGUCGUUAUCGUCGGCGUGUCGCCCCAAAGCUUGGGCGAGUCCAUGACAACAGCCCUUGCCGCUCAUUCGCCCUCGUUGCUUGUCCUAGCUUCGCGGACGAAGUCGAAAAUCGAAGAGGUCGUCUCCAAGGUCAAAAGCGAGCAUCCUGAUCUACGAAUCGAAGCAGUGCAGCUAGACCUGUCGUCUUUAGACUCCGUCCGCAGGGCCGCUGAGGGUAUCAACAGCCUAGUCGAGCACAUUGACAUCCUCAUCAACAACGCCGCCGUGGUGACAUCGUCGCACGAGUUCACCAAGGACGGGCUCGAAUUGCAGUUCGGGACCAACCAUGUAGGACCGUUUCUUCUCACAAACCUCCUCAUGCCGAAACUUCUCAAGGCGGCGCAGAAGUCUCCACCAGGGUCGACCCGGGUCGUCAACGUGACAAGUCAAGGCCACAUCAUCUCCCCGAUCAGAUUCAGCGACCAUAAAUUCCAGAAACGGCCGGAAGACAUCCCGGCCGACGAGCGACCUAUGUCCCGACCAGGAGUGUCGUUUGACCCUCCGCCAGGGGAAACAUACGUGCCAUUCGUGGCAUACGGACAAUCCAAGACUGCCAAUAUCCUGAUGUCACUGUAUCUUAACGAGCAUUUUUCGAGCGCAGGCCUGCAAGCGAUAGCCACGCACCCGGGGUCCAUUUGGACAGAUCUCUCGCGGAACCUGGACGAGAAGCAUCUGGCCAUGAUUGAGAAGACGAGCACCUUCUGGAAGGACCUCGAUCAGGGCAGUGCCACGAGCUUGGUCGCGGCUCUGGAUCCGAAGCUGUCGGAUCCAAAGGUGAUUUACCUCAGCGACUGUCAGUUGGCGGAACCUGCGGGGUGGGCGAAGGAUGUGAAGGCCGCAGAGCGACUCUGGAGCCUCAGCGAGGGGAUUGUCGGGCAAAAGUUCGACCUGACAACAGGUAGUCGGCUGUGA